AGAGGGCAUGGUGUUUCUGGGUGCCCGGCCCAGCAACCCCACCCUGUGGAUGGUGAGCCAGGAUGUGAGGAGCGAGGGGCACAGGGUGGUCACCCUCCAUUGCCGCAGGAAAGAGUCCGGCUAUGGACAAAGGUCAGAUGUGGGUUUCCAGAGGGUCCUACAGGUGGAUCUGGAGGUGGACAGCUUCCUGGGUCCACUGGGCAGCCGCUGGAUCACGUGGCAGGUUGAGUACCCGGGCAGCCAUGCCACCAUACAGGAGGCAGAGACAGAGAUCCGGCUUGCCCAGAAAGACCGGGGCAUUGUGCCCCUGGCUAUGGACACAGAGAUCCUGAACACGGCCGUGUUGACAGGGAAGACGGUGGCUGUCCCGGUGAAGGUGGUGACCAUCGGAGCAGACGGCACGGUCACUGACGUCUCAGAGGCAGUGGACUGUCGCUCCACAGAUGAAGAUGUGGUCAAGGUGUCAGACAGGUGUGACUAUGUGUUUGUGAAUGGGAAGGAGAUGAAGGGCAAGGUGAGGAUGAUGGUGAACUUCACCUACAGCUACCUGAGUGCUCAGCUGGAGAUGAACGUGUGGAUCCCACGGCUGCCCCUCCAGAUCGAGGUGUCUGACACAGAGCUCAGCCAGAUCAAGGGGUGGAGGGUGCCCAUCAUGGCAAGCAGCCAAAGGUCUGCGCAGGACAGUGAUGAUGAGGAUGAUGAAGACCGGAGAGUGAGGAGCUGCACGUUACAGUACCAGAAUGCCAUGGUUCGAGUUUUGACACACUUUGUGGCCGAAUCCACCAACCCACGUGGUCAGCCUGCCUUCAUGCUCGGCAGUGAUUGGCAGGUGGACAUCACUGGGCUGGUGUGGGACUUCCUGAAGGUGGAGAACCCCCAGAUAGCUAAGCUUCAGAACAGACGUAUACUGGUGGGACUGGACAUGGGGAUGACCACCAUCCAGGUGCUGUCCCCCCUGUCUGACUCCAUCCUGGCAGAGAAGACUGUGACGGUGGUAGAUGACAAAGUGACCAUCACAGAGCUGGGGGUGCAGCUGGUCACUGGCCUGGCUCUGUCCCUGCAGCUCAGCCCAGGAAGCAACAGGGCCAUCCUCGCCACGGCAACCACACAGGAAGUGCUGCAGAGCCCCAAACAGGAGGCCCUGAUCAGCGCGUGGCUGCAGUUCAGUGACGGCUCCAUGGCUCCUCUGGACAUGUACAACCCAGACUACUUUGUCCUGACGGCCACGUCUCUGGAUGAGGAGGUGGUGACGGUGCAGCAGCACCCCUCCUGGAAGUGGCCUGUGAUCGUAACCGAGUCAGAGGGCCAGGGCCUGCUGGUCAGGGUGGAGAUGACUGUCUGUGAGCUCUGCCAGAAGUUCAAACGCCGCAGCGUGCUGGCUGCAGGGAACUGCAACGUCAGGGUGAAGUUUGGCCAGAGCGACAGUGGCACCUCCAGGGGCAGUGACUACGGUCCGGAGGGUGAGGAGCUAGAGAACAGGGCCAGCGACCGCAGACAGCAGUCCCCCUCCCUGGACAGGACUGGUCUGGAUGGCCACUACUAUGGCAGCUCCAUCUCUGACAUGGACAACGGGGUCAUGAGGAGGGUCACCACCACCACGAGUACCAUCGUCCGGAGGCCCAAUGGAGACAAGCUGUCAGACGAUGGUAAUCAGGUCCAGAACAUGCCAGACUUCUCUGAAUUCCCUGCUCAUGUGGACCUCCCUCGCAGCCGCAACAUGGACGAUGAUCUGAUCCAGACAGCCCGGGGGCUCACUGACCUGGAGAUUGGCAUGUACGCCCUGCUGGGGGUCUUUUGCCUGGCCAUCCUGGUCUUCCUCAUCAACUGCAUCUCCUACACUCUCAAGUACCGCCACAAGGAGCUGUCCAUUGAGGGCCAGGAGAGCAUGAACCACGCCCAUGACUGGGUGUGGCUGGGGAACGAGGCGGAGCUGCUGGAGAGUCAAGUUAGUCUGUCCCCCCAGCAGGACGAGCUCACCUCCAUGGUGGACUGCACCGCAGGGUUGGAAGAGGGUAGCCACCUGCUCAACGGGGCUUCUGUCCAUAAGAACGUGCAGGGCCAGGUGCACCGAGCAGCAGACACGGGGGGCUGCACAGCCAAGGACAGCAAGGGAGACUCGCCGACCACAAAGAGGAAGCGUGUGAAGUUCACCACGUUCACUACCAUCCUGCCGGACAAUGGUUGCCCCACUGUCAGCACACUGAGCAUGGGCCACAGCCAGGACAUUAAGUGGGUGUGUCAAGACGUAGAGCUAGGGGACUCCAAGGAGCCCUGGAACUACAUGGAGAGGUUGAAUGACAGUGCUUUAAAAGAGGUGGCGUAGUCUGUGUGCUCAGUGCACUUAUAGCGAACUCACCCUUAUGCCUUUCACAGUGAAGUUGGCCUGGACAGCACCUAAUGCUAAACCCAGAGGAGGUUGAAAUCUGGAAAAUGUAUUUAAGGGGACAAAAUAGUAAUGAUACCACACAGGAAUAAUGGCAAAUCAUUAACUUGAAAGAAAUUAGGAUGUCUGUUUAUUUUUUGAUAAUUUGUUUCUCUUAAUAUCUUCCUACCUUUUCAUCAUUAUUUCAUUAUGGUUAUUUUGUAGGUAGACUUAAAUCAUGUUCCCAGACUAGCUCUGCAUUAUUGACAAAACUAUGAAAUGUUACGCAGAUGAUAUGUAGAUUUAAAAAUGUAACAUGAAUAAAUAUCUAAGAUGUAUAUAAAGUACUCAUAGAAAGGUUUUGGAAGUUUUGUAGCAUUUUGAAUAUUGAUUUCCUCUUCCGUGUCGUUUUUUAUUUAUUCAUUUCUUUAUAAGUGGCUGGCCUCCCAGAAUAGACCAGAGUUAGUCUUCAGAACAUCCUGCAUGUGGUUUGAAAUAAAGGCACAAAUUUUAGGUUCAUCCUCAUCUUUACCAGAUGACACAGAGAAACGGCUAUGUAUAUACUGAACAGUCCUCCUACAAGCCAUUGUAUUGUUGCUCUGUAUAUUGUAUUUUCAUAUCUAUCAUUUAAAGAAUAUUCAACAAUG